AGCCACCAAAUACUCCUAUUGCCUCCAUUUUCUGCCAUUCAUCACUCACAACAACCACUUGCAAAUCUUUCAAUAUCAACACAAAUACUUUGGUGGCUGCACCUAGCACCAGCAUCAAUGGCAGCCUCACUACAAGCUGCAGCUACCUUCAUGCAACCCACCAAGGUGGGCUUAACCUCCCGCAACCUCAAAUCUUCUCAAUGCAUCUCUAAGGCUUUCGGCUUGGAACCCGCCGGACCUAAAUUCACCUGCUCUCUUCAGUCUGAUCUCAAAGACCUGGCUAAAAAAUGCGCCGACGCCACCAAACUUGCAGGAUUCGCCCUUGCCACCUCGGCUCUCGUGGUUUCUGGAGCAAGUGCAGAAGGUGUUCCAAAGAGGCUAACCUUCGACGAAAUCCAGAGCAAGACAUAUCUGGAAGUGAAGGGAACUGGAACUGCUAACCAGUGCCCAACCAUCGAUGGUGGAGUGGACUCAUUCGCCUUCAAGGCAGGCAAAUACAACGCCAAGAAGCUGUGUCUGGAACCCACUUCCUUCACGGUGAAGGCAGAGGGUGUGGCCAAGAACGCCCCUCUAGAGUUCCAAAACACCAAGCUCAUGACCCGUCUCACCUACACCCUCGACGAGAUCGAGGGCCCCUUCGAGGUUUCACCCGACGGAACGGUGAAAUUCGAGGAGAAAGACGGGAUUGACUACGCUGCUGUGACUGUUCAGCUUCCCGGGGGAGAGCGUGUGCCGUUCCUCUUCACCAUCAAGCAGUUGGUGGCCACUGGGAAACCAGAAAGCUUCAGUGGGGACUUCCUUGUUCCCUCUUACCGUGGUUCCUCUUUCUUGGACCCCAAGGGAAGGGGUGCCUCAACCGGUUAUGACAAUGCUGUUGCUUUGCCUGCUGGUGGCAGAGGAGAUGAGGAGGAGCUUGCAAAGGAGAACAACAAAAGUGCUUCAUCUUCCAAAGGGAAAAUUACCUUGAGUGUGACCAAGACCAAGCCUGAGACUGGAGAGGUUAUUGGGGUGUUUGAGAGUAUUCAGCCUUCUGAUACUGAUUUGGGGGCUAAAGCUCCUAAGGAUGUGAAGAUCCAAGGUGUCUGGUAUGCGCAGCUUGAGUCAUAGACAUGUUUUUUUAUGCUGUAAUUCUAUUUUCUUGUAACUUGUUGCGAAGCACUCAGAGCGUUACCAUGUAUGUAUAUUAUAACGACUUCGAUUAUAAUAAUGUCCAAAAUUAAAUUCUCUCCA